GUGAAUGCCCCUUAUAAUAAAGCAAAGUUUUGUUAUUUUGCUCUCUGCGGCUGCGGUUUUUUUUUUUGGGAUUUUCAGCCAAAUUAGGACAAUUUGGGGCUUAAAAAAUCAAUCUCAAGUAGCUGAGAAAGGAUGUUUAAGAGUAUAUCGAAGAUUAAGAGAAAGGAAAGUGCCCUGCAUAUGCGAGAUGUAGUUUCGGGAAAGAAGAAGCCAGUGGAAAAGACUGAACGCCCCAAGGGAACAGGCCGUAGGGGAAGGAAACCAAAACAACAGAAUAUCUCGCCAGCUGAGUCUUCCAGUGACGAUGAACCCCUCGCUUCGCGGUCUGGAAGGAAAAUCAAGAAAACCAAUUAUGCCGAAGAGGAUGAUUUUGAUGAUGAUCUCCCCCUAAAUGCCAUCAAAGGUACAAGUCCAGUAAAAGGGAAGAAUGGAGGAGAUUCCAUUGAAUUUAUCAACAUUGAAAGAAUUGGCGAAUCCGAUGGAAGCUCUGAAGAUGAAACGUCCGGAAAGGCAGAUAAAUCAUCAGCUUCGUCAUCAAAGAAGAAAUCUCCGGAUAAAACCGCUGCAGUGCCGCACAUUGUAAAGACUUCCGGUGGUGUGACGGUGUAUCAGUGCAGUAAAUGCCCCAAAACCUACGAGAGACCAAGUAGACUGAGAAGGCACUUCCGGAAGCACACCGGGGACGUCCGGGUGCGUUGGUACAAUUGCAACAUCUGCAAUAAGCAAUUCUCCACGGAGGAUAAGCUCAACAAGCAUCUUGUACGACGACAUGAGGACAGGGUGACCACACUUGAUGCCGUAGCCGUGAGGAAUGCAGCUGCAUCAGCGGAGGCAGCUCAGGCUGCUGCCAGGGCGCGUGCACUCGCGAAAAUUGCCCAAGAGGAAUCAGGGAAUGAUCUUGUGUCCAUUUUCGAUGAAGAAUCCCCGAUUAAGAUGGAAACGGUGCAGGUUAAAGUGGAAAGGACGGACACGUAUGAUUCCUACGACGAAGAUCUUCCCUUGGCGGAGGCGAUUGAGCCCAAAAUGGAAGUUGAUGCAUUGGCAACAACGGUUAAGCAUGAAGAUUACAAUGAUAGAAGCUUUGGGGAUGAUUUUGAUGAUAACUUCGACAACAACUUUGAUGAUCAUUUCGCGAAUGACGAUGUAGAUGUAUUGGAUGACGUUGAAGACGAUGGGGACAAGUAUCAGACAACUAAAACGGGCAACACAAUAAGGAUUGACUACAAAGUGAAGGAACACUAUUCAACGGCCAUCGAUGAAUUUGAGGAGAAGCUUCCAAUGGUAGGUGAUGAUUCAGGCUCGGAGAUUGUUGAUUGUUCACCCCUUGGAAGAGAUGCACACGACUUUCUGGCAGAAACGGAAAUUGAAUCACUCAGCCCAAUGUCGGGGGAAGAGGAGGAAGAUCAGGAUGGGAAAAAGUCGAGAUUCUACAAAUGCUCCUACUGCCCGAGAACCUUUGUUGUGCGUGAAAACUUUGCCGAUCACAUGGCGUAUCACACGAAGAAGGAGAAGCCCUUCCCGUGUGAGCAGUGCGACGAGGAAUUCCUCACGCAGGGCACAUUGCACUAUCACAUUGAGAGUAAGCACCUAAAGCCACGCUGUGAGGUGUGCAAUGAGCGCGUGGGGAAUCUCAAGGACUUCCUGAUGCACCAGAAGCGGCAUACAAAGAGGAUUCGCUACAAGUAUGAGUGCGAGCUGUGCGAGGAGCGUUUCCCGCUGAAGCCGCAGCUGAAGAAGCACAAGGAGGAGCACCAUGGGACGGGACGCCUCAAAUGUGCCCAUUGCCCAAUGACUUUCUCCAAUGCUGUCUUCUUCAUUUGUCACGCCACGGAAUUCCACAAUGACCCUAAGCCCUUCCGGUGUGACUUUUGCAGCUUCCGCACGAAUAAAAUAAGUCAUCAGUCCAUCCAUUUGCGGACGCAUCUCAAUGAAUUCCCCUACAGAUGCUUGGAUUGCAUGAAACUCUUUCGCAUGGAGGAGGAUCUGAUGAAUCACAUGAAGGAUCACGAGGAGAAUAAGGUGACAAAGUUCAAGUGCAACAAGUGCGGGAAGUAUUUGUCCACAAACAGCAACUUGUGUCGCCAUCGGGCAAAGUUCUGCAAAAUGAUUACGUGUGAUAAGUGUGACAAAAUCUUCGCGUCACCCUACACAUUCCAGCAGCACCUACUCACCCACACCGAUGAGCGCCCCUUCAAAUGCGACGUCUGCGGGCAGGCCUUUGCGCGGCCCGAAGCUGCAAAGAUUCACAUGCGCUGCCACACAAAUGAUCGUCCCUAUCCUUGCCGUAUUUGCGGUCGAACCUUCAUUUCGGCAUCGCGACGCACGAAUCACGAACGCUACCACCUGGGGGAGACGCUGCGGUACAAGUGCAGCAUCUGCAAGAUGGGCUUCAGUAAGGCAAGAGAUCGCAAUGAGCACAUGCAGACGCACGAAAGCAAUGUGGAGACGUUCUCGUGUGCAAUGUGCGAUCAGAAGUUCAUCAAGAAGACAAAAUUGGUGAAACAUUUGAAGCUGCACAUUACGGUUGAACGCAAAGGACGCCCCGCAAGGAAUACGCGAAGGAAGUAGCCUAUUAAUUCAUCUUCAAAUCCUUAUUUUAUUGAUUUAAUCCUUAUCAAAAAUAAAAUAAAAACAUUAUAGUGCACCUAAAUAUGAAAUAAAUAUUUAAAAAUUA